GGGGGCGUUGUCUGGGUGGUUCGGCUGCCGGCGGAACCCGGCUAGCGGCGCUGAGGGCGGCGGCGGCGGCAAGAGAAGAGAAGGCGGCGGGGCGUGGAUCGGCCUCCGAGGGGAAGGUCUCCUGGAUGGUGGAGCAUGGACCCAGUUGCUACUCACAGCUGCCAUCUCCUCCAGCAGCUGCAUGAGCAGCGUAUUCAAGGCCUGCUUUGUGACUGUAUGUUGGUGGUGAAAGGAGUCUGCUUUAAAGCACAUAAGAAUGUUCUAGCAGCUUUCAGCCAGUACUUUAGGAGCCUCUUUCAGAAUUCUUCAGGUCAGAAGAAUGAUGUUUUUCACUUGGAUAUUAAAAAUGUAAGCGGCAUCGGGCAGAUCCUGGACUUCAUGUACACAUCGCAUCUGGAUCUUAACCAGGACAAUAUACAAGUCAUGCUGGACACGGCACAGUGUUUGCAAGUUCAGAAUGUUCUGAAUCUGUGUCACACAUUCUUAAAGUCAGCCGGUGUAGACCAGCCACCCGGCCUGCCUUGUCACAGUACAUUCUCCCUGCAAAGUGCUUUGACUCCUGACGCUAAUUGUGUUAUCAGUGAAAACUACGCCCCUCAUUUGCUGCAGGAGUGCUCAGCAGGUGUUCAGCAGGGUAGAGUUGUGGAUGAAUCACAUUCUCAUGCCCCACCCUCAGUUGGUCUUCAUACUUCCACAGCUGAAACCUCAAAACAAGCCCCUGAUACGUUAGAUGGCAGCUGCACAGAACUGCCUUUCAAACAGCCAAACUAUUACUACAAGCUCAGAAACUUGUACAGUAAGCAGUACUAUAAACAAGCCACCUGUCCCAGUCAUGAGAGAAUAAUCAAGCAGCCUUUCACUUUCAGCACAUCCUCAGACCUUCAUGCCGCGGAACACCAGCCCUGUGCUGUUGGUCACGCCGAGUGUGUCCUGGAGUCCUCCGAGCACUUGCCUUCCAACUUCCUGGCCCAGCCUUUGAGUGAACCUACCCCAGACCCUGAGCCAGACCACGCAAGCCAACAACCUACCAGACAGAUGAGGCUCAAGAAGGCCAUUCACCUUAAGAAGCUAAAUUUCCUAAAGUCACAGAAAUCUGCAGAGCAGACAUCUGAACCCAAGUCAGAUGACAGGUUAACCAAGAGGAUAGAAUCUGCCAGUGACCAUAGUGUAGAGAAAGUUAACAGCCAAAGUGCUGAAGAAAAAGAAAGUGAAGAACUCAUCAGUUCUGAGAAUUUUAAUUGCAUGAAUGAGAUGGAGAGGCCCGAAGACACUGCGGCCCUGGAAGACCAAUCCCAGACACUUCAGUCACAGAGACAGUAUGCGUGUGAAUUGUGUGGAAAACCUUUUAAACAUCCCAGCAAUUUGGAGCUUCACAAACGGUCUCAUACAGGUGAGAAACCUUUUGAAUGUAACAUUUGUGGGAAACAUUUCUCUCAGGCGGGUAAUUUGCAGACUCACUUACGUCGGCAUUCUGGGGAGAAACCAUACAUCUGCGAGAUCUGCGGGAAGAGGUUUGCAGCCUCUGGUGAUGUCCAGCGUCACAUCAUUAUUCACUCAGGAGAAAAACCACACUUGUGUGACAUCUGUGGUCGAGGGUUCAGUAACUUCAGUAAUUUGAAGGAGCACAAAAAGACACACACGGCUGAUAAAGUCUUCACCUGUGAUGAGUGUGGAAAGUCUUUUAACAUGCAGAGGAAGUUGGUAAAGCACAGAGUUCGGCAUACGGGUGAGCGGCCUUACAGCUGCUCUGCCUGUGUGUGGGCGUUUGGGGCAGGUGCCCAGGCCCACCCAGCAAGCACUCCUGUGCAGGGAGACGGGGCUCCAGAGCCCUCGCACGAGACGCCCAGACCAAGGCUGCAGGUUGGAGGGGCUACAGCCGGAGAAGAGUGGAAGAGUCUGGAAUCAGAGCGAGCAGGAAAAUGUUUCGGAGGAUCCGGCGACCUCCGCAGGCACGUCCGCACUCACACAGGGGAGAAGCCGUACACGUGUGACAUCUGCAACAAGUGCUUCACCCGCUCUGCCGUGCUGCGGCGGCACAAGAAGAUGCACUGCAGGGCUGAUGACCAGGGGCAGGACGCUCUGGAGGAGCUCACGCAGGCCAUCGAGACCUCGGACCUGGAGAAAUCUCAGAGCUCGGAUUCUUUUUCUCAGGACGUGUCCUUGACUUUGAUGCCCGUGUCUGUUAAAAUCCCCGUCCACCCAGUGGAAGAAGACUCAGUGGCAGAAUUUGACGGCCACUGUAAGUUCCGGUCCCUGGUUCAGUCUCACGGAGCAAGUGAGCAGGAGAAGCUCAGCUUGGGUCCCCUCAAGCUCGCCAAGCCUCACGUGCCGCAGGCGCAGCACCAGGCCUACAGCUGCUCAGGCGUGGAGGCCUCGGCCGGCACGGAGCCGCUGCAAGCCGACGGUAUGGCCGCGAUCCGCUCGUCCCUGGCUGCCCUGGACCAUCACUGCGCCGACCCCCUGGGCAGCCGCGCGUCCGCCCCUGCGUACAGGAACUCGGAGGGACAGUUCUUCUCCAGCAUGACCCUCUGGGGGCUGGCGAUGAAGACACUGCAGAAUGAAAGCGAGCUGGACCAGUGAGGUCCUCUGUCAGCAGCUCAGCAUCAGAGGCGGCUUUAGCCCGAGAGGCUAGACUCUGUCCCUCCUGACAGGGGGUGGUCGUCGGAAGUGCCUUGAGCUCAGCGUGUGGGAAGAAAGGCCUCCUGGCACAUCGUGGAAGUGGACGAGGGACUGAACAAGCCUUGCGCCCCAGAAGGCUUGAGAGACCGUCUCCCAGACGUGGUGUGAACUGCGUGUAACUACUGUACAUUUUGGUCAUGGUAAAGGGAAAAUAUAUGGGUAUAAUAAUACAGAUAUUAUUUUUGCAUUUUUACAUGACUGAAAUUUGUAGCAUUUUGUAUUUUUAUUUACAAAAAGAUUUUAUUUGUAUAGGAAACUCAUACUAUAAUUUAAUUUGAAUAAAUAAAAGUUGCC